CGGAAAACUCGUAAAACUGAAAAGUGACUAACAUUGAAUAAUUGUUUCUGCCGACUUAAGUCAAUCAUAAUAUAAAUUGUUCAAAUGCAUUUAUAAUAUUUUUGCAUUGUAUCUUUUGUUAAAGUACGAAGAUGGCCGAUUUAAAAACGCUUCUUAAAGAAGCAAGAAAAUUAAUUGACGAAAAGAACUACAAAGAAGCACAAGAAUGUUGCAAGAACAUAUUAAGAAAAGAUAAGCAGAAUUAUUUAGGACUUGUUUUACUCGGAAAAUCGUUACAGGAAUCUGAUCAAGCACCACUAGCUUAUCAAAACGCAAUAGCAAGUAAACCAGAUGUUCCAUUAGCAUGGCAAGGUCUUGCCAAUUAUUACGAAAAGAAAGAUGACACUGCAUCUAAAAUUAAACUUUUAUCAAUUUAUGAUGAGAUGUUAAAGUUACAAAUAGAUGAAGAAAAAACAUUGGAAAUCAUAAGUAAGAUUAGUGAGCUUGGAUGCUUUCUCAAAGACUGUAAAGCAAUUAGUAUUAUAUUAAAUUUUAUGGAUAAAAAGCCUAAUGCGAAAAUAUAUGUAAUUGCUGAAAAGUCAUUGCUUGAACUUGUAAAAUCAGAUAUAAUGUGUGAAGAAGAGUAUAUUAUAAAACUAAUGAACUGUCUGAAAGUUAUUGUUUCAAAAGAUUGUAAUGAUUCCAUAUACAUCUUGUUAGGAAAAGUAAUUUUACAAAAAAAUAAUUAUGUUGAAGCAAUAGAAGAAGUGCUGCAAUUAUGUUAUUUUGAAUCUAGUGUUGUAUUUCGUGAAUGGUUAUGUAAAUACUUAUGUACAAAUUUUAUAAAACAUGAAUCUUUCUGUGGGCUUGAUGUGGAAAGAUAUAAAGACAAAAUAAUUUUAGGAAUUGAAAAUUCUAAAUAUCCUGCUCUUCUAAAUAGUAUGAUUUGUUACAACAAAGGCUUAUAUUUAGAUGCUUAUAAAAAGUGUGUUCCAUUGGUAAAUUACCAAGAAGCAGAUGUUACUGAGGCCACAUUUAUAAUAAAAUGUUCAAUUAUGUUAAAAAAGUGGUCAGUUGCACAAAAACUAGCAACAAACUUUUUAAUUAAAGUUAGAGAUAACAAUUUUGCAAUGAUUUUAAAGAAGUUUUUAUUCUUAUCACUGGCUGAACAACAGAAAUGGAAACAAGCAAUAACUGUUUCAAAGGAAAUACCUAUAGAAAAUUUCAAUGUAAAUGAACUGGCAACUCUAGCAAAAUGUUAUAUAGAGGUCAAUGAACAAGCUGAUCAUAUCAUGAAAAACCUCCAGACAACAGAAUAUUAUCUUCAGCUUGAAGCUCUUUCCCUUUUAAAGCAAAAAAAAUACAAUGAGGCAAUUGCCUUGUUAGAAAAAAUAAUGGACACCCCAUUAAAAUUAUUUUACAUCAGCAAAGCAUAUUGGGAGUUGCAAGAAUAUGAUAAAUCUCAUCUAAAUUUACUUAAAGCUGCCAAACUUGAUUCUGAGCAUGAUGAAACUUUUUUGUAUUUGGGAAUGUAUUAUCAUCACUGUAAAACAGAUUAUGCUAAAGCAAAAAAAUGUUAUGAAAAAGCUUAUAGUCUAAACAAUUCAGAUUGCAAUGUUAUAAAGCAUUUAAGUGAUGUGUAUAUAAAACUACAACUUAAGGAUAACAAUUAUGAUUUAUUAUAUAAAGCUAGCCAGAAUGCUAUGCUAAAUCAGUCAUGGAUAAGCUUUCGAUUAGGACUUCAUUACAUAAACCGUAGAGAGUGGGAAAAUGCUAUUAUUCAGUUUAGAAAUGUAAUUAAAAGCAAUCACAAUGACAUAGUUGCUUUUGAGUGCUUAGCAGAUGCCUACUUUUCAAGAGGAUCAUUUACAUCUGCAUUAAAAGCUUAUAAUAAAGUAAUUAAGAUGAAUUCUAAUAAAAUACACUGCCUUACUAGAAUUGGAUAUAUACAUUCUAUAUUAACACAAUACAAAGAUGCAAUUUCAACCUUCAAAAAAGUUCUCGAAACUGAACCAUACUCAAUGUUAGCUUUAAAAGGAAUAGCAGAAACAUAUAUGAGAAUUGCAAUGAAUAAAUUUAAUGCUAAAUUAUAUGGCAGUGCUCGAGAUACAGCUCAAAAUGCUAUUGAUUAUAUAAUUAAAGCUCUAUCCAAAGAGAAAAAGUUUUUAUGUUUUUGGAACUUGCUAGGAAAUGCAUUAAUUUUUUUAACUAAACUACCUAAAGAAUUCUGUUUUGCAUGGCUAAAAACUGACGAAAACAUGGAAGUAUCAAGAAAAGAAAACUUAGACAUUUAUCCCCAAGCUUUAGCAUGUUAUUCAAUGAUUGCAAAACAGAAACUUCAAUUUACAUCAUAUGAGCUAGCCUCUACAUACCUUGAUUACUAUCUUGCAUCAAAUAAUAUGAUGCACUGUCAGAUUUCUUAUCAAUUAACAGUGGCUUGCAUUAAAUUGAAACCUUCCGUUUGGCGAAAUUGGAACUUGCUGGGUAGAAUAUGUAUUUUUAGGAAAAAGUAUGCACUUGCUCAACAUUGUUUAAUUAAGGCACUAUUAGUUACGAGAAAAUGGUCUGUGGCAGAUGUAUGGUGUAAUCUUGGAACUCUUUAUUUGAAGAUGAAUCAACAUAAACUUGCUAAUUACUGUUUCUGGCGUGGGCAAUCAACUUCGCCUUCUUAUCCUCUUAGUUGGAUUGGUCAAGGAUUAAUAGCAGAAGUAAUUCGUGAAGAAGAAGCAAUGGAUCUUUUCAGACAUGCAUCUCGGUUAGGCUACCACCCUGAAAGUGCUCUUGGAUAUGCUGAUUGGGUAUGUCGCACUAUUAAACAUGAUGAUUACAAAAAUAGUUCUGAAUUAAAAUAUGUUAUAGACAGUCUUGAUGCUAUACCUUAUGCCAUGGAUUUAGUAAUGUGGUUUUCUACUUAUGAACCAAACAAUGCUUGUUCUUGUAAUAUUCUUGGUAUUCUACAAGAAAGGAGUGGGCUUCUAUCUGCAGCUUUAGAAUCAUAUCAAAAAGCAUUACAGUAUGCAGAAGAAGACUACCAAAAUAUCAUUCUAUUGAAUAUUGGAAGAAUUUUAUUACGAUUAGAAAAAUAUGAUGAAGCUAUUAAAAUUUACAAAGCUAUUACAGAAGCUAGCCUAAAUUCGGCGUGUGGCUUAGCAUUUGGAUUAUUCAAAAAGGAGCUCUAUGAAGAAGCAUAUUCCGCAUAUGACACAGCUUUGCAAUGGCUUAGCAAUACUGAUGAUGACAAAGCUGAUCUUUUGGUUGCAAUGGCUGGAAUAGUCUACAUGUUUAAAGGUAUGGAUGAUGCCAAAACAUUGCUCUUUCAUAGUAUUCAAGUAUCACAAAAGAAACCAACAGCAAACAGCUUAUUUGCUAUAUGCUCUUUAGGGUUAAUUCAUGCAGAUCAAAGUUUGUCAAAAUUAGCAUUGAGUGAACUACAAAAGUAUGAAAAAGACAGUAGAUAUGGUUAUGAUAUUGGAUUUUUGAAGUCUUAUCUUGUAGUGGAUAAAGAUUUAAAUCAAGCAAUUAAAAUAAUGAGUGAUGCUCUCCAUGAUCAUCCUGACAAUACACAUCUAUGGUUUUGUUUGGCCCAAUAUUGUCUAAAUGUAACCAAUACAAAAGCUAACAUUGCUAGUUGUUGUGCACAAAGAGCUUUGUGCUCUGCUUACAAUUGUGAAAACAAAAACUUUGCAAUAACAGCAAAAAUGAUUGCUACUGCCAGUAUUGCCGAGCAUAUUGUAGGAGACAGAAAGAAAGCAAUGUUAUUAGCUAAAGGAGGCCUUCACAUGUAUCCAUGCCAAUCAGACAUUUGGGCUGCAUUACUUUUCUCUGUUUUAAACAAUAAAAUGUGGUCAACAAGAACAAAUUGGGUUUUAAAUAGAGCUGGUCACAUGCGAAAAAAUCUUGAAACAACUAGAGUUCUAAGUAGGUGGGUUAAUCUUUUAGAAAAAAAAUUAAAUAAACAAUUAUCUUCCUGAAAUCACAAAUGUUUUUAUUUAUAAAGACAUUUUUUAAUUGUUUGCUUUUGAAUUGUAAUGACAUUUUUUAAUUUAUAAGAUGAUUUAUUUUAAUUUAAGUUUAAUUCUUAAAAUUAAUUUAUAUUUUUAUAUCAAUAAUUAUAUAAUAUUAUUAGGCAUUUAUAAAUGUAUCGCAUGGUUUAUGAGUAAAGAUGCCAGAAAUACAUUUCUCAUAAUGUUUUUGUCUUUCCCUUAUCGUUUCU